AUGCACGUAAACGAUUCUCAAAGAACUACAACGCGCGGCCGGCUCGCUGAACAUCAACAAUGUCCCAAACGGAUUUGGUGGACGUCGAUACGCCGUGGGGAGCCCUGGAGAGGUGGAAGAGAGGCGGUGACGUGGCGACGCGAGGAAGGGAUUGAAUGA